UUAAUGUUAGUUACUUGCCUCAAUAUUGUCUAUGGCGGAGGUGUAAAAAAACAAAACAAAAAAAAAAACAAAACAGCUCCCUCUUGCAGUUUUAAUUAGGAUUAAAUAUGUAAAAUAAAUGACAUGUACAUAAUACUAUGAGAACUUAAUUUAAUGUACAUAUUGUACUAUUUAAGCUAUUAUUACUGUGUAACUCUAAAAAAAAUAUAUAUAUACUCUGUUAAGUACAAAUUAGAAGUGCUAGCCUAUAAAAGCUAACUAUAGCCUAUGACAUUUCAGAAAAAAUGUCCCAAUUAUUUCACUCUUUCUUUUUUUCUUUUUUUUUAUUUUUUAUAAUACACAAACUUUUUGUCCAUUUUCCUCCCGAGCACAGAAUAAUAACUAACUUGUGAAAUCAGUUUUGAUCAGAAAUGUGGGAUAAUAAAACGCUUUUAAACGGAAAAUCCCUUCAGCUAGUUAUUUACCUCAAGAUUGCCGGCUGUUGCUGAGGUAAAAUUAGACCAAAACAAAAACCCAAACGGUUGACUGUUUGAUAUAAAGUGCACUAGGUAGGUAGGGUGUAGGAGCGCUGUUCUGUUCGAGGUAGUGCACUUGUGUAGUCAGUAAGAAGUCAUUUGGAGCUCGGUGUGUUAGCUCUCGGCUAGCUGGUGUGGACGGUGACGUCAUGACGCGUCGCGGUGACGCCAUGACGCCGGGAGCUCCGACUCCGCCAUGUUGAAGGAAAUCUCUGCGAUAAGCGUUUUUAAUCUGAGUGGAGCUGGGAGGGACGAGCCGGAGACGGAGCCGGAGCUAUAGGCAGACGGUCAGCGCGGAGUGGGAGGGUAGACGUGGACCCGCUGUUUAUUGAACCUCAACGUGUACGUGUGGGAAACAUAUUAAACCUGCGCUGAGGAGAGAAAGAGAAAGAAAGAGAGCGCGCGCGGAGUUUCUGCGCGAGUUUGACAUUCUGACUGAGGGGGAAAAAAGUGGAAAAUCGGAUUAACGUUCAAGACCGUGUACCGAGACUAAUCAUCUUGUUGCUGAUUGUCCACACAGAGCUGAAGCUGGAGAACAAGAUCCAGUAAACCUGCUGUCCUGCAAAGUGCAUUAAUGACAUCUGGGGGAAACAGCCGGCUUCCAGUGACAGUAGUUUUCCCGCGAAAAAACAAUUCGUUACUAUAGCAAAUAGAUUGCUAAUUAAUCCGUCGACUAAUUACCAUGCUCCUGUCACUUGUAUUCUGGACUUGGUCGCUUUGCUGACUGAAUAACCAUUUUUAUCAACUGUUUUUUUUUUUUUUUUGGACAGUCAGAGCAAAGGGAACAUCUGGAUAACAGAGCACUCUUCUCUUCUCUUCUCUUCUCUGCGUGGGGAAAAUUAAUUAGCAUAAUUACCUAAAUCUCAAAAACAUACAGAAUACAAUACAAAUACAAGCGAUCAAAGCGAAGAUGUCGACCAAAGAACCGAAAGAAAAACAGUCGACCACUGAGCGUAUCAUUAAGACCGUGCCCCUCCCGCCUCACCAGCGGCUCACCGUGAAAGAGCUGUUCGUGAACGGCAAGCCCAACACAGAGCUGCUGAAGAGCCACUUGGUGAAGGAGGGCCGCGUCGAGGAAGAAGUUGCCUUGCGCAUCAUCAACGAGGGUGCCAGCAUCCUGCGCCAGGAGAAGUGCAUGCUCGAGGUGGAGGCGCCGAUCACCGUAUGUGGUGAUGUCCAUGGGCAGUUCUUUGACCUCAUGAAGCUUUUCGAGGUGGGAGGGUCGCCAGACAACACGCGCUACCUCUUCCUCGGGGAUUAUGUUGACCGAGGUUACUUCAGCAUUGAGUGCGUGCUGUUCCUGUGGGCGCUGAAGAUCAACCACCCGAGCACACUCUUCCUGCUCAGAGGCAACCACGAGUGCCGGCAUCUCACGGAGUACUUCACCUUCAAACAGGAGUGUAAAAUAAAGUAUUCGGAGCGCGUGUACGAUGCGUGCAUGGAAGCAUUUGACUGCUUGCCCCUCGCCGCUCUCCUCAAUCAGCAGUUCCUCUGCGUUCACGGAGGCCUUUCGCCCGAAAUCAACUGCUUAGACGACAUCAGGAAAUUAGACAGGUUUAAGGAGCCGCCAGCGUUCGGGCCGAUGUGUGAUCUAAUCUGGGCCGAUCCGGGUGAGGAUUACGGCAGCGAAAAGACCACUGAGCACUUUAACCACAACUCGGUGCGAGGCUGCUCGUACUUUUUCAGUUAUCCUGCUGUCUGUGACUUUUUGGUGAACAACAACCUGCUGUCAGUGAUAAGAGCACACGAAGCCCAGGACGCAGGGUAUAGGAUGUACAGGAAAAGUCAGACGACUGGCUUCCCGUCAUUAAUAACCAUUUUCUCUGCUCCUAAUUACCUCGACGUGUACAACAACAAAGCUGCUGUCUUGAAGUACGAAAACAACGUCAUGAACAUCCGGCAGUUUAACUGCUCCCCCCAUCCGUACUGGCUGCCCAACUUCAUGGACGUGUUCACGUGGUCGCUGCCCUUCGUCGGCGAGAAAGUGACUGAGAUGCUGGUCAACGUGCUGAACAUCUGCUCGGACGACGAGCUCAUGUCCGAGGGAGACGACCUGUGUGAAGGUGGAGCUCCAGCAGCUCGGAAGGAGGUGAUCAGAAAUAAAAUCCGUGCCAUCGGCAAGAUGGCGCGAGUUUUCUCCGUGCUCAGAGAGGAAAGCGAGAGUGUUCUGACCCUUAAAGGACUGACCCCGACCGGGACGCUACCACUGGGAGUGCUGUCUGGAGGCAAACAGACUUUACAGAACGCCAUCCAGGGCUUCUCUCCAACACGGAAGAUCCGAAACUUUGAGGAGGCGCGUGGCCUCGACCGGAUAAACGAGCGCAUGCCACCGCGGAAGGACGGCCAGCGUGUUCCAGCCACGACCGUGACCGAGAAAAACGGCACAGACGGGAAGGUGUAA